AUGAUUGUAUCUAAUGCUAAGGUUAUGAGGAGGAAUGUGUUGCAACUACCGCGUGAAGUGAUUAAGAAGUGCCUUAGUGGACUGGUCAGCUUGAUUGCCUUAUAUGAUUCGGACAAGGCAUUAAAAACCCCUUUCGCGCUAACACUGACUGUGAUUCCUCAAAACCACCGCAUUUACCGAUCACCGUACCGACUGCCACCACUGUCUCCGAUCGGUACCAUGCCAAAGAGAAAGGGAAGAGGCCUGCCUAAAGGGUCAAGUCUUCAGAAGAAGGUUAAAUCGAAUGCAAAUGUCGAAACAACUGUUCUUGAUAAUGCAUCCAAUCAAUUGGAAGUUGAUCCUGAAUUUGUAGAGGAGCAGGAGAAAGGCACACAUGGAUUCACUUUAUCAUAUUCUCCCGUUCCAGUUGAUCCUGGGUUUGUAGAGGAGCAAGAGACAGGUACCAUGUUUAUGAGAAAGGGAAGAGGUCGGCCUAAAAGGUCAAGUGUUCAGAAGAAGGUUAAAUUGAAUGCAAAUGCCGAAACAACUGUUUUUGAUAAUGCAUCAAAUGAAUUGGAAGUUGAUCCUGGGUUUGUAGAGGAGCAGGAGACAGGUACACAUGGAUUCACUUUAUCACAUUCUCCUGUUCCAGUUGAUCCUGGGUUUGUAGAGGAGCAAGAGACAGGUACCAUGUUAAAGAGAAAUGGAAGAGGUCGGCCUAAAGGGUCGAGUCUUCAAACGAAGGUUAGACAAGGUGCAAAUGUCGAAUCGAUUGUUCUUGACAGACCAUCAAAUGAAUUGGAAGUUUAUCCUGAGUUUGUAGAGGAGCAGGAAACAGGUACCAUGACAAAGGGAAAGGGAAGAGGUCGGCCUAAAGGGUCUAGUCUUCAGAAGAAGGUUAAACAGAGUGCAAAUGUCAAAACAGUUGUUCUUAAUAAUCCAUCAAAUGAAUCUGAAGUUGAUCAAGAGUUUUCAGGGGAGCAGAAGACAGAAAUGCCUAAGAAUAGGGGACGAGGACAACCAAAACGGACAAUUGAUCUGAAUUAUCAAAAAAGUGUUCAUAUAAAUGUAAGUAGUAGUCCUAUCAAUCCUUCAAAUACGGUGGAAACUGUUCAUGGGUGCAAAGAAUCAGAAAAUCCAGAUCUCCAAAUUUAUGUUCUUGAUAAUCCAACAAAUGAAUCUGAAGUUGCUCACGGGUUGGUAGAGGAGUGGGAGAGAGACCUGCCUAAGAAAAGGGGACCGGGACGGCCAAAACGGUCAAGGGGUCAAAAUUAUCGACAGGGUGUUCCUAGGAACAUAAGCAGUCCCAUCAUUUCUUCAAAUAUGGUGCAAGUUCAUGACUGUAUAGAGUCAGAAAGUGAAGAUAUGCCUAACGAAAAGGGACAAGAACAACCACGCGAGUCAAGGGUGCAGAACUGUCAUAGAAAUUCCAAUGGCACUGUAGUUUAUGAUAAUCCAUCAAAUGUGAAGGAAGUCAGUCCUGUAUGUGAAGAAGGCCCAGAGGCUGUAUUUAAUACUCCUAUGCAAAGAGGACGAGGACGAGGGCGACCAAAAGGGUCAAUGAAUCAGAUGAACCAUCCACAGAAUGCAGAUGCAAGAGUCAGGCCUAAGAAAAUUGUAAGAGGAGUUAUGCUUGAAAUGAAGCGUAAAUUGAGUCCAGAUGGAAAGUUGGAUGUUAUCAUUCAUCCUGAGAGGCUGGUGGCUAUAGGUCCAGGCCGUAAGGAUUUCAUUACUGAUCUUUCUAUUAUUCUUCGCAAGAACGCCCGUUUUAAUGUGAACAAGUGGAGGCAGGUUCCACAAAGUACUAGAGAUACAAUAGUGGAAAAAAUUCUGAACCAUUGGAGACUUCCAGAUACAGAUAUGGUGCGGAAGGCGAUUAUUGAUGAAGCAGGCCGAUUAUAUCGGAAUUGGCGCAACAGGCUUCAUGAUUAUUAUUUAAUGUUUGAAACAAAAGAAGAGGCCCUGAAGCAUGUCCCUGAGGAUGUCAAUGGGCCUGAUUGGAAAUUCUUGGUUGAUUAUUUUAGCAGCCCUUCUUUUGAGAUGAUUAGCAUGAAAAACAAGGCAUGUAGGGCAAAACAGCGGACUCUUCAUACUAGUGGGCGAAAGUCCUUUCAAGCAGUUAGCUUUGAUGCACGGGAUCCGGCGACUGGAACAGAGCCUGAUUUGCAGACAUUAUGGCAGAUAACACACAAAAGGGCUAAUGGGGAGUGGAUUGAUGAGGCAUCUAAGGAAAUAAAUGACAAAGUUACUGAACAAGUAGGUGAGAUGCUGCUAGAGAAUUCUCAGGAUGGGGUGGAAAUAGUUGAACCUGAGAUUAUUAAAACUGUCUUUAAGGCGGUGGUUGGGAAGAAAUCAUAUAUGCAAGGUUUUGAAGAAGGACUGAGGUCAUCAAGCUCUGAUAGAGUUAAAAGGUUGCAGGGUGAGUUAGACGCCCAAAGGAUGGAGACAGCGAACGCUAAGAAAGAAUGCAAAGAAAUAAGAGCCAAACUUGUUGAGGUUGAGUCCCAACUGGCAGAAGAGCGGCAGAAACGAGAGGAGAGUGAGGUUCGAUUAGUGGAUCGUCAAAAAGAUAUGCAGGAAAUCAACAUUCAGGUUCAGACUGCCAUCCAGUCAGCAUUGUCUCAAUAUUGUCCACCAAAAACUGAAGCAGGGAUCUCGGCAGAACAUAAUGAAAAGGUUGCUGAGCUUGAAGCACAACUCCAUGAGGCGGAAGAUGUGAUAACAGAUAUUAGGGCAGAAUUAGCUAGGUAUCGAAGAUUUAUGUUCUCUGAUGUCAGCUGUAGACCUGGAAAGGAUCUUAUCCGCAUGUGCAGUUAA